GAAGAAGUUUGUCAUGGGUCACAGAGAUAGGGACAGUAAGGGUCAUCUCUUGACUCCUAUGAACUCAGUUUACUUUUGUUGAGCUACUACUGCACACCAUGAGGAUUACAGAUGUUAAUGAUAUGCUACAAGUGCUAAUACAUAAAUUAAGAGGAGCUAUAUUCGUUCUACUUGUAUUGUGCAAUAACAAUGUUGUAUACAUGUUGUUUCAAACAGGAAAAGAGUAUACUUAUUCUUAUACAGCACUUUCAAGUUCCGGUGUUUUACUACCAAAUCUUGCAUCAUCUUUGUGGGGAUUUCACGGAAAACUUUUAAUUCAAUCAGAGCAAAAUAUAACUACUAUGCAGUUGGAAUCGUUGAAAAUGACUGUAUGGAAUGGUAAUACGCAAGAAAAAGGCAAUGAUCAAGAUAUUACUGAUGAUGUAGCAGAACUUCUGGAACCAUUUCAAAUUACAUAUGGGAAUGGUCUUAUCAAAAAUUUUAGCACAGUAGCUACCUCCCCUUGGUCCAUAAAUAUAAAACGAAGUAUAGCUGGUAUUUUUCAAUUAGAUCUCCUUAAUUUGGAGAAGAAUAUAGCUUUUCGUUCUACUGAGAAAAAUCAUUAUGGACAAUGUGAUAUUGAAUAUAUUACUAAUUCUCAAGAAGGCAAUGAAUUGGUGAUAAGAAAAUUUGUAGACCCUCGAACAUGUAUUGGUCAUCCUCAUCGCACAUGGUCUAAUGUCCCAAAAAUGUUGUGUCCUAAUGGUGACCAAAAUCCAAUAUUAAAAUCCAGUGAAAGGAUGUACAAAAUUCAGGCAAAUGGAACCUUAAACGAAAUUUUAUUUAUUAAUGCUACUGGAGGCAUAUAUGUUCAACCUUUUCAAAGUUUUGGAGAAGCUCAGUUUCAUUUUACAAGACAAAUUUUCAAGUUAAUUUCAGUAGAAGAUACAGCAAAUAAAAUACCUACUCAAAACUUACAUUCUAUGACUCUUCAACAUGAACUUCCAGAACUUGAUCUUACUCAAGGUAGAGGUACUCCUGACAAAAAUACUAUUUUCAAAUCUAUAGGAACUUUAUUAGAUAGAUUAAGUCAAAGACUCGAAAAUCCAGGUUUGGAUACAGAAACUGAUAAUUUACACAAUAGUACAAUCUCUAUCUUACUUUAUUAUCUUGGGAUGUUGGAUGUUGUCGAUUUACGCAUAGCCUACACUAAAAUCUCAGGGACAAGUUACAAAGAAGAAACUAUCCGAAAUAUGUUUCUUGAAACUCUUCCACAAGUUGGAACAAAAGAUGCUGCACUGUUUAUAAUGGAAGUAAUCCAAGAUACAAAAGUAUCAGACAUGUCUGCAAUUCAACUUCUUACUCAAUUACCAUUUCAUAUUCGAAAACCUGAUGUUCAAUUAUUACGAAAUCUUCAAGCACUUCUAAAUUUGCCAGAAAAAAUUUCUGCUGAAGUUCAAAAUACUGCAAUUCUCGCAUAUGGAACGUUGAUCUAUAAAACAUGUUUAUUAUAUUGUCCGUAUGAAAUUUUAGAUGACUAUGUGCGCCUUUAUUUGGAUAAAUUUACAGAGACACUGGAAUACGAGAAGAAAAUGAUUUGGUUGGAAGGAUUAGCUAAUAUACAAUUAGGAAGAGUAGUUGAAUUUUUAAAACCUAUUGCUAGUGGUAAUAAUGCAGAAUCACGACAUUUUCGAGUUCUUGCUGCUUGGGCGUCUCUUCCAACAGCUCCAUUAAGACCUGAUGUUAUUUAUCAAGUUUAUUGGCCAAUUUUAAUCAAUAGAACUGAACAUUUAGAAAUGAGAGUAGCUGCAUUAACGUUGUUAAUUGUUUCAAGUCCUACAUCAAGCAGAUUGAUAUCGUUGUACUGGUAUAUGCAAACAGAACCCAAUCAACAUCUGUACAAUUAUUUUUAUACUACUUUAAAAUCCAUGGAACGAACAACGUAUCCUUGUUAUGUUCACAUAGGAGUUAUAGCUGCGCAAUUUACAAGAGUACUUCGUCGAUUACCAACAAAUCAGUAUUCAAUUACCGGUAAUUAUUUAUUUGAUUAUCAAGAUAUGUACAGAAAAUUUGGAACAAUGAUAAGUGGUAUUGUUGUUGCUAAUCCUUUGACCAACAUACCUGAAGUAUUAUACGUAACCCUCAACACUUAUGGAAGUGCAAUUAAUAUGAAUCAUUUAUCUUUAUAUAUAAAAGGUGAAGGUCUUCUACAAUCAUUAUCGACAUAUUUUGAUGGUCCAUCACAAGUGAAAGAUAUAUUAAAACAGUUCAAAAUAAAUCAAAAGGACAGUGGUCCUGUACAUUUAGAAGUAAUUGCUCGUGUUCAAGAGAAAACGGUUUUAUGCCUUCACUUAAAUGAAACAAAUAUUAUAUCAGGAUUUAAGUAUUUAUCAUCUUUACCUAGCAAAGUGUAUCACAUAUAUCAAAAUGUUGAAUUUCAUAUUAACCAGCAACGUAUUAACGUACCAGUAACAAUAGAAUCAGUACAAGUUACAGAUUUAGGAGCGAAUGCUAGACUUGCAGUGACAACUACAUCACUGUUUUCUAUGAGGGGAAACUUUACACAUGUCCCAAGCGGUCGUAAUAACCAUGUUAUUCUACGUACAUCCAUUCAUAGAUCAGAAACAAUUGAAAAUUAUAAUCCUUUAAUUGAUGUAUGGCAUGGUGCUGAAAGAGCUCAUUCUAUUCAUGCAUAUGUACCAGUUAAUAUUACACUUGGUUUCGAAGAUCGUCCUUUUAUUUCAUAUAAUACUCCUGGAGAACAUCUUAAAAUGGGUCUCACAGUUCAUGUUAGGACAGCUACCAAUAUAAGAGGAAAGAAUGUUAAAGCAAAGUUGCUUAAAAUUUGUCCUAAUUGCAGCCUAUUAUAUAUAGUUAAAAAAACACCAAUGUAUAAACCAGAAGAAGUACCAUUGUUUCAAAUUGAUUUAGCAGAAUUAGGAAGCCAAGUAUGUGUAAAAUUAUUUGACUGUGAAACUUCAAUAUCAUCAGAAAAAUUAAUUCGUGACGUAUUCUUUUCACAUCAAGCUAAUUGUCCUAUUUGGCCAUUUCUGCAGUUUGCUUUAACAGCACUUCAUUUCCUAGAUUACUAUACAUAUGUUCCACCAAAAGGUAGUUGUGGUUUAGCAGCUUAUAUUAGUACAAUUGAUUCACAGCGAACUCAAGUGAGAUUUGAAUAUAUCAAAGGCCCAAACCAUCAUAUGCUAUCCUUAACACGUCGGAGCCUUGAAUCGUCACAAGUUCUUCAACAAUGGAAUGUAGCUGCUCUUUAUGAAAUUACAAAUUGGGUUUCUGAUGUAAUGAAAAUUAAAGCAACUAAAAUUGUACCAGGGCAGAAAGUUUUCAAGUUUUGUUUAGAGACAGAAAAAGAAAUACCUUGGGAUUGGAACUUCAUUAAUAUUGAACCAAGUGAACCUGCUAAAAUAGUAUUAAAUGCAGCAUGGGGAUUUGCUGAUACAGCAAAAGGUAAAUGCACUGGAUCUUCAGUAACACUGAAUUUACUUGGUGAAGUCAGUAAGGAUCAAUUACAAGAAGCUCAAGAAUCAAAGUGGCCAUAUAAAGAAUGUCGUGAACAGUCUAAGGGAAAACAAUUUACACCAUUUUCUGAUGUAUGUUAUGAAGCUUCAAGAGAAUUAUCCACUUUGCGGAAAUAUCAAGUUAUUGCACAACAUGAAAAUAUGCCAGAAAAUUUGAUGAAACUAGCUUGGAGAUUUCGUGCAUUUUUUGAUUUAAUUGGGGGAAACAGUAGUUCAAAUUCUAUGUCCAAAGAGUUUAAAGUUACUGCAAAAUUUCCAAAGAACUCGGAAAUUGGUGAAUUAUCACUGAACGAUGAUAAAGUACUUAUCGAAUAUAACUAUUAUUUUAUUGAUACUUUCUUAACAAGAACUAGAAUCCACAAAUACACAGACUGGUCAUUUAUGAAAGCAUUUUUUGGCACAUGUAUUAUAACACCAGAAACUAUAAGAUCAAUUCACAACGUGAAUUAUUCAUUUCAAAACAAACAUGAAGUUUUAUUACUUGGUCAGUGUUAUGAUGAAAAUCCAAAAUAUGCAAUAACAUCGCGCAAUGAUUUAUAUGGUGUUAGUAUCAAUAUCUAUGAUGAAUUAGAUACUGUACGAAUUAUACCUAAUGAAAUUGGUGGAACUCUAUACAAUAACACAAUAUAUAUUCCACUGCCGCAAAGCUAUAUGUUCCAUGCCCUGGGUUCCAAAAA